CUCCUCCCCUAAUGCAGACCGAGCAGAUCGCUCUUCCUCCGGUGUGUGUGACAGCAGCAGCAGCAGCACUGGCGCAUUGUAUGUCUUUAAUAUCCAUUUGAUUUUUUCCCUCUCACGUUGAGUUAUUAAUACAACCUGAUCUGGUUUCCCUCCCUCUGGACGGACUGCAGGACGGAUCGGGCUUCCUAAAAAAUGGCCAACAGAGAUGAUGAAUACGAUUUCUUGUUCAAAGUGGUUCUGAUCGGAGAUUCGGGCGUCGGGAAGAGUAACCUGCUGUCGCGCUUCACACGGAACGAAUUUAACUUAGAGAGCAAGAGCACGAUAGGAGUGGAGUUCGCCACCAGGAGCAUCCAGGUGGACGGCAAGACGAUCAAAGCGCAGAUCUGGGAUACGGCAGGGCAGGAGCGGUACAGGGCCAUCACCUCUGCGUAUUAUCGUGGCGCGGUCGGCGCGCUGCUGGUGUACGACAUCGCCAAACAUCUGACCUAUGAGAACGUGGAGCGCUGGCUGAAGGAGCUGCGAGAUCACGCCGACAACAACAUCGUCAUCAUGCUGGUGGGGAACAAGAGCGACCUGCGCCACCUGAGAGCCGUUCCCACCGACGAGGCGCGUGCUUUCGCAGAGAAAAAUAACCUGUCAUUCAUCGAGACGUCCGCUCUGGACUCGACUAACGUGGAGGAGGCCUUCAAGAACAUCCUAACAGAAAUUUAUCGCAUCGUAUCACAGAAGCAAAUCGCUGACCGAUCGGCUCACGACGAGUCGCCGGGAAACAACGUGGUGGACAUCAGCGUCCCGCCGACCACAGACGGCCAGAAGGGCAUCAAACUGCAGUGCUGCCAAAACCUGUAACCAUGACAACCAGCCUCACCUGUCACUCAUCUCGUCUCCCUCUACAUGUCAUGCGCUAAUGUUUUAUUUGUGUAAUAUAUGUAUAGCUUGUCCACUCACAUACACACGUAUGACUGCCAUGAGUAAACUUUUACAGUAUCUGACUGUGCUCUGGUUUAUUAGCUGCAAGACUGUGGUUGAAAUAUGAAAAUUAGGUUUAUCAAUGCAAGUAAAUAUUACACAAUCAUAGAGAUACAUGGAUAAAAAAAAAUACCUUGACCUUGAACUUUUUUCCUUCAGAUGUCCUCUGCUACCAUCAGCUCAAUCUCAAGAUCAUGUGAGGGCAUAUUUCACUCCAAAAUCAAAAUACAUUUUAAUCAUA